CGCUCUCCCAACGCUGCCCUGACUUUCCCCUCAACUUCGCGACAGGAGGGAGAGGCGGCCGGACCUUUUUCCCUCCCCCCCCCGACGCGCCCGCUGCUUCUUUCCCCUCAUGGCGGAGUCCGGGGCCGAGCCGGUUCUCGGCCCAGAGGACGGGGAGGCGGCGGCGGCGGAGGAGGAGGAAGAGGCUGACGACGAGGAGCUGCUCCAGCUGGGGACGGAGGCGGCGCCCGGCAGCCGGGCCGCCAGGGGGGCUCCGGGCGGCGCCGUCAGGGUCAGCCUCGGGGGCGGCUCGGCUGGGCCGCAGCUGGACUACGAGGGAAGAGCCGGCGACGACGGGAGCGACGACGACGACGACGAAGAAGAGGAGCCUCUGCUGGGCUCGGGCCGGAGGGGCGGCCGCCGCCGCCGCCGCAGCGCCACAGGUCAGAGCGCCCCCGGGUUCUUCCCCGGUUUGUUUGCUCGUUUCCACGGUGAGGCGAGUUCGCAGCGCCCAGGUGGGCGGGGGGGUGGAGGUGGUCGGGCUGUCAUCCGGGGCCUCUGAGUAUUUUUAUUUAUUAUUAUUUUCCCCUUUAAAAAAUAAUAAUAAGAGGGGGAGGGGGUUAGAGCUGGACCCCUCGUCCUCCUCCUCCCCUUUCUCUUAAUUAAGGCGGUGGGCAUCCCCCCCCAGUAUAUAUGAAUUUUCCCCCAUCCCCGCAGCUGAAAUAGAACCGUCCGUUUUGCUUCCUCGAGUGUAAUCUUGCCCCUUGCCCCCCCCCCUUCUGUCAUGAAACCAGGACGUGGCUUCUCUUGUCAGGUUAAUCUGGGGGGGGGGGGAGCAGCAGGGAAAAGGCUAUUUUUCUGCUUGUGUUUUUGACAUUUGUGUGCCCGCCGCCAUCCGCUUUUAUUUUGCGUAUCAUCUGCAUUUCGACUUUCUUUUAAGUCCUCCCGAUUUUUAGCAUCCGUAAAUACAGUGGUACCUCGGGUUACAUACGCUUCAGGUUACAGACUCCGCUAACCCGGAAAUAGUGCUUCAGGUUAAGAACUUUGCUUCAGGAUGAGAACAGAAAUCGUUCUCCGGCGGUGCAGCGGCAGCAGGAGGCCCCCAUUAGCUAAAGUAGUGCUUCAGGUUAAGAACAGUUUAAGGUUAUGUAUGGACCUCCGGAACGAAUUAAGUACUUAACCCGAGGUACCACUGUAGUUGUUGUUUUAGCUUUCCAAGUGCUUAAUUCCCCCUGGUCCGCAAACCUGGUUAAACAGAAUGAGGUGGCAGGUGCUGGCUGCUUGUGAUUGCUGAUCUUUAUUUAUUUUUUUUAAAAAAAGAAGCUUCUUGCAGGUGUAGGAAGCCAGGAGACCGGGCUGGAGCUUUUCACCCCGAUGUACUUGCGUGUUGGGAAUGUUUUAUUGGACCAAUUGGAUGCGUUGCUUGCUGUUGGAUCACAUCUGGGGAGGCCCAGCUUCAAAUCCCCACUCGGCCUGGUAGCUCACUGGAUGACCUGGGCCAGUCACUCUGCCUCAGUCUAAUCCACCUCAUCCACAUGGCAUUAUGGGGAUAAUGACAUGAACACAAGUAUUAAACUCUGUGAUCAACAAAUCCCAAACACAUCCCUUCGCCUGAAUCCUAAGGUGGUAUAGUCUAUUCCACCAUGCCAUUCUUUCUUUUGCAUGUUCAGACCAAGCUUAAGUAAUCCUUGGAACAACUCCCUAAAGUAGGUUACUGCUGUUAUCUGUACAUUGCAGAUGAAAAGGAGGAUUAAUAAUCUGUCUUUGGUUGCUCCAUGAGCUCCUUGUAGAAGUGAGUUGUGAACCAAGAAGUCCCCAAUUCAGAAAUGCCAUUCUGUCUCAAAGCAAAAAGUCCACCUGAUGAUAUGGCUGCUCAGAUGCAUGCUAGCAAAACAGUGCAUGAAAGCACUGUUUGGCCCUCGUGUCUGGCAAACAGACAUGUUUUUUCCAGUAGGUAUAGAUAUUCCAUUUUGCUAUCAUAGUGAACAGUUGCUAAUAGGUACAAAGUUUAGAUAACCUGAAUUGAUACCUGAAUUAGUUUGCUUUUCUCUCUCCCAUUUUUCUCUCUCAUAUGCUAGAUUGUGAACCUUCAGGCAGCAGCUGGCUACCUCGUAUUUUAAUCUCUGUAGAGCACUUAGGAAUUGGGAUGCGGGUGGCGCUGUGGUCUAAACCACUGAGCCUAGGGCUUGUUGAUCAGAAGGUCGGCGGUUUGAAUCCCUGCAACGGGGUGAGCUGCCAUUGCUCGGUCCCUGCUCCUGCCAACCUAGCAGUUCGAAAGCACGUCAAAGUGCAAGUAGAUAAAUAGGUACUGCUCCGGCGGGAAAGUAAACGGCGUUUCCGUGCGCUGCUCUGGUUCACCAGAAGCUGCCUAGUCAUGCUGGCCACAUGACCCGGAAGCUGUAUGCUGGCUCCCUCGGCCAGUAAAGCAAGAUGAGCACCGCAACCACAGAGCCGUCUGCGACUGGACCUAACGGUCAGGGGUCCCUUUAUCUUUAUCUAUAGCACUUAGGAAAUAUAGGUGCUUUAUAACUAUUAUUGCAAUCCCAUGCCUGCUUACCUGGGAGUACACUCUGUGUUGGGACCUAAUGGGAAUUACUUUUGCAAAGACAUGCCAAGGAUUGUGUGGUAAGUGAUAAACGCAGUUGACAGUCCUAAUUUAAACUGUUUUAUUUAGCACAUACAGGAAAUGUUGGAAGUAUUGCCGAAAUGAACUUCUUCUUGGAUGAUCCAGAAUUUGCCGAAAUCAUGCAGCAAGCAGAACAAGCCAUAGAAAGUGGAGUCUUUCCAGAAAGAAUCUCACAGGGAUCCAGUGGGAGCUACUUCGUCAAAGAUCCUAAGAGAGUGAGUGCAUUGGUUCCCAGACAUGAUUGGUUUAAAAAAAAAAAAAAAGGUGGAAUGCUGAACUAAUGGGCAAAGUUAAGUACACAUUAUCACAUUGGGGCUUGUUUUGUUAAUCCCACACUACGGUUUCUGCAGGUGAAAUGAAGAGCCUGGGAAAAAAUACACCCCCCUCCAAUAAUUAUCAUAUUAAAAUGAUGGUAAAGGGUCAAAAAACACUUGCUUACUUUUAUAACGUAAGAUCUUAAAGACAAAGAAACAAGUUGCAUAUGAAAUUGUUAUGGCCUUUGGUUAAUACAAUAAAUUUUGGUAUAUUAACUAGACUUCAGGAAGAUUUCAUCCAGCAUGGCAACCUUGAGAAGGAGUUUGAAAAAUGUGGACCAGAGAGUGGCAGAAAAUAUUUAUUUCUUGCCAUGGUCUCGUGGUCUCUUCAACUUCAGUGAAGAAAUUGGGCUUGCAGAAUUCAAGUAAAACAGCUUUAACAUGAAAUCUGUUGUGUUGCAGCAUUGUAUUUCAAACCAGUUCUGUGACUUUCUCAUUACUACCUGUGGCAAUAAGCAAAUCUUUCUCUUUCUCAACUCAUUUGUAUUCACAUGCAAUAUCUAAGUGAGAGGUCUGCAACAGCUAUAUUGCCAAAGUAUGUUCCAGAAUACAUCAGGAGUGCCAGGGUGUAGUUGUAACUCGUGUGGCUUGUGUUCUUGUUUAGGGAGAAUUGUGUGGGUGAGCACAGGUUUAGGUUAUAAUCCUAACUCCACUCUACCUGGGAGUAUACCCCAUUUAAUUCAGCAGGACUUCUGAGUUCAGCAACUUUUGACUGUUCUGAAAAGCAUUUGAUAUAUUUAUGUAUGGACAUCAAAUUAACAUCAAAUGUUCCUGCAUUGCAGGGGGUUGGACUAGAUGACCCUUGGGUCCCUUCCAACUCUACAGUUCUAUUAACAUGGUGUAUUAUUUCAGUUUGGUUUCCUGAAUAUAAAUGAACUGUGUUAAAUCAAGAUCCCAGUUGACUUUAGGGCACUGGGAGUUUUUCUGGAAACCCGUACUUUAGUAAUAGUGAUAUUUAUACCCUGCCCAUCUGGUUGGGUUUCCCCAACCACCCUGGGCGUCUUCCAGCAAAAUAUAAAAACGUAAUGAAACAUCAAACAUUAAAAAACUUCCCGAUACAGGGCUGGGUAUAAAAAGGGGGAAGACACAGGGCUGUAGAUAGGAUAGUAAGGUCAGAAAAUAGAAUAUUGACUAGCAGGCACAGGUGUUUUUAGUAGCAACCAUUUUGGCUGGAGCUGUGUGAUUAGCUGUAAGAGACAAUAGCUAAUGUAUAUUCAGAGCCAGAAACUCAUUUCCCCGAGGCAGCAUCGAGUUUCUGGUAUACCUUGUUAAUGAUUAUUGGCAGGGGGAUUGUCUCAUGCCAUGCCAUGGUAGCAAAAGAGAAACCAAGGUACUGACUCAGCCAUUCUGAGCCUUUUAAAUCUGUCUUAUUUAGCUAAUGUUUCUUACCAACAGAAGAUUUCUAGUGGAACUUUUUAUUAUAUAGAGAGGCUAAUGGGUUGUAAAAUGCUAAGAGAACUGUUCUGAGCAGUAGAACCAAUAAGACAAAAAGUAUUGUGGCAUCUUAGAGGUUGGCUGAUUUGCUGUGACAUGGGUUUUUGGCUCAUCCUUAAUAAAAUAUGAAUUCAAAUUUCUCUUUUGUUUAGAAUGCAGAUGACAUACCCCACACUACUAUAGCAGUGAGUUCAGUUAUUUCCCCUGUGCCAUGUUGUUCCAACACAAAACAAGAAAUCAUUAUUAAACUACUCCCCUUUCCCUCGUUCUCUCCCAUUUAAGCAGUUUAAAGGUACAGGCCUGCUCAACUUCAAUAGUAGAACUGCAUUGCACAUCUUCAGGCCACCCAUAUGUGGGUGCUCUCUCACUACAUAUUUAAGACUUGCCUCUAGGGAACAACUUACCUAUCAUUUUCAGGAAGUCAGCGAACUGAGGAAGUGGAUGUGUAUGUUUAUGUGAGCUGAAGGAUGCUGCAGACAAAGCAAUCUAAUAAAGUGAAAGAUAAUGGUGAUCUAAUGAACUCAAAUACUGAUUGCCAACCUAAGACUUUCUGUCUGACUUAAAGUGAUUGAAUGCUCUUCGUUUUGUUAUAAUCCUAUUUUAAUGCAAAAUGUAUGAUCACUAAUUCUCUUACUUAACUAUUCCUUUGGACAACAUCUAAUGGAGGUCAUUGAUUGCAGGUUGUGUAACUGGUGAAUGUAUUUAUGAAUGAGCCCUUGGUAAUAAAGCAGUAGAUACUGGGUCCAGUCAUACUCUUGUCAGUGACUUAGACUUGAUAUCUAUCAUCUCUCUCUAGGGGUCUUUUACUGCCAGCAGGUCAACCCAAAGCAGCCAGUCAUGUACACACUUUACAGCAAAGCGUGCAUUGUAUGUUUUAGCAGAAUGCUUCCUUCUAAAAAGAGUUUGAGCUUAAUUAUAUACAGUAUUUUGAUGCAAGCUGUAAAUGAAUUACUUUUGAAAACUCCAUUUGCACAUUUUUAGUCGUUAUCCAUAGUGCCUUAGGGUAUUUUACUGUAGGUUUCAUCAUUAUUUUGGUCAUUCGGUGUAGCAAACCUCAUAGAUAAUAAUAAGCAUUGGUCAAAUUGACAUUAUUCUCAGUUAGUACUAGGUUCAGUGCAUAGUCAAUCUUUCAGCAUACUUCUGGUUGCUGCAAAGGUAAAUCUAAUAAAAUUGCCACUUUCAAUGCUCAUAUGCAGAGCUAGAGUUCAGCUAAAUAGAAGUUCAGCUGAAAAGAUAGAGUUCAGCUGAAUAGAAUUGCAUUAUAUUAUUUCCAUUCUAACAUAGAUCAGUUGUGAUCCCAGAUAAAACAAAAAGCAAUUGCUUUUGUCUUUUUAUUUUUUAAAUACUCAAUUUCUAUGGGUAAAGCAGGUUGUAUUUUUGCUGCAUAUGUCCUCUAAGCCAUUCUGUUAGGCCCCUCACUUGAGUAGUUUAGUGAAGGCAUUGCAACUCAGAAGCUUAAGGCACAGAAUCUGAUUCCUCCCGCUUAAAAUGCACUAUGUGAAAUAUGUGUUACUGUGUACACUGUUUGAGAAAGUGUGUGUACUUGUUUGAAGGAAAUGCUUACGCAUUCAUGGACCAUUUUUGUCAUGAAUUUAGAAUUUGCUGACAAUUUUAUACUGUACCAAAUGAAGAUGUUAAUGUUUAGUUUCCUGUUUUGCUGCCUUUAUUUAAAGUGUACUUGAGUGUACUAUAUUGUACUUGAGCCACAAAGAAGAGAUUUUGUAAGAGCUGCUAGUCACCUUAACAAAACCCAGUAAAAUAGUCUUGUUGCUCUCUCCAACCGUGUGAUGCUAAGUCACAUCACACAAUGCACAACAACAUGGUUGCAUUCCACAGUGUGAGUUGUAAUAGGUGUGGCCCUAGUGAGAACUCUAGCCAAGGCUAUUCAGGAGCCAAACUGUUCCAUAGAUGAUAAAAUACCAGGUGGACAUAAUGCUUUCUUUGACUACUUUCAGAAUGAAGGCAUUUUAAUAAAUACUAACUACUUACUUCUUUCCUCAGAAAUCUAUUGGAGUAUUUAAACCAAAAUCUGAAGAGCCUUAUGGUCACCUAAACCCAAAAUGGACCAAGUAUUUUCACAAAAUGUGUUGCCCUUGCUGUUUUGGCAGAGGCUGUCUUGUUCCUAAUCAGGGAUACCUCUCUGAAACUGGUGCCUAUCUUGUGGACAGUAAAUUGGGAUUGGGAGUGGUGCCUAAAACAAAGGUAAGAAAGAUUUGUACCAGGAGUUGACUCUGUAGAAAUAAGACUUUGCAACCUAAACUGUGUAAUUAGGGGGUGCAGGGAGGGUGGGGGGCACUGGGAGCCACAGCGCGGUGGGGGGGCACUUAUCGUGUCCAAGCCACAUGUCUCUUCUGGUAGUGAUGUGGUGGCUCAGGAACCUGCAGGCUUCGUGCUGCCUGAAAAAGCAAUGUGGGCCUGCAAGGCGUCAGAGCAAAAUGGGGCUUGGGCACUGGGAUUUGGUUCCUAGGAAGUGAUGACCAAAGUCACCGUGGCACAUAUCUUAAUGUCUAACCAGGACAGCUGCAACAUUUUCUACACGGGCUGCUUUUGAAGCCUAUCCCUAUACUUAAGUUAGUUCAAACUGAGGCUGCCCAUUUAAUUACAGGAUUAAGCUGAAGGAAGCACAUUACACUUAUGUUCAGAACAUCUAAACUGGCUUCCUGUUGUUUCUGGAUUAGACAAAGUGUUUUUAAUCUUUGAAGUUCAAAAUGGUUGAGGCCCAGUUAUCUAAGCCAACACCUUAUUCCUUAAAUUAAGUGUCCACACUUAUAGUCCCCAACGCUAAAGACUCUAAAUCCUGUUUUAUGUUGUUUGUUUUAAGGUUAUCUGGAUUGUUAGUGAGACCUUCAACUACAGUGCAAUAGAUCGUGCAAAAUCAAGAGGCAAAAAAUAUGCUUUAGAAAAAGUGCCAAAAGUUGGCAAAAAAUUUCAUCGAAUAGGACUACCUCCUAAGGUAAGCCCCUUGAAAUGCUUUAUUUCCAUAGUGUUUCAAGGGAUUUCCUCCCUUUCUGUUGGUCAGAAUUCAAAAAACACUUAUCUCCUCAUACCAAAUGCCCAAUUCUGAAAAGUAGGGAUUGUGUCUCAAGAAAAGUUAGAAAGAAAACCAAAUACCUCACUGGGUAUACCAACGCUCAUGGUUAUAUUUUCGUUCCGAAAUAAUACUUUGUGGGUUUUGUACGUCUUUUCUUUGAUCUUCUUUGUUUGUUGGCCUUAUUAAGACUGUUAUUACUAUCUCCUUAUUGCUGCCACUUCCCAUUAACUCUUAUUAUCUUCAGAUUUCUGUAUAAUCCCCGUUGCUCAAAAGAGUCCUACAAAUGAUACUGAGAAGAUACCCAGGCUCUAGGAAAAUAUAGGCACAGCUGUCUGUUUAGCACAAUUCAGAAGAAGUGCAGAAACAAGAAUAUGGCCAAGAAAAUUGCUGAAUAACAUUUUCAGUUGUUACAGGCGGUGAUGCAAUUUCCUGCAUAGUUCAUGCCUCCCAGCAUGAUUAGCAUAGUCAAAAUAAUACAAAUCAAGAGAUAUAUCUCAAACUUGCAUUAUUUUCACAGGUUUUCCAGGCUGUUCAAAUUCAGAGUUCUAAUGUGUCCGUAACAGGGAAUGUCUUUAAUAGUUCCACAACUGCCAGACUUAUCUAGGGUUGCCAUACGUCCAGAAUUUUCUGGACAUAGCCAGGAUUCGGCUGUCAGAAACAGUGUCUGGGUGGAAAUCGCUGAAAUGUCCAAGGAAAUCCGGAUGUAUGGCAACCCAUCUCGGCAGUGUCAUUUUGGCAAUUAUCCUUAAAAAUAGCUCUUUUUUGCUCAAUAAAUUUUGUGUCCAGAUUUUCGGUUACUGUAUUGAAAUAUGGCAACCCCAGCCUUACCUAUUGCUUCAGUUUUCUUUUCCCUAGCACAUGCUUGAAUAUUUUUGGCUAUUUUAACUCAAAUUUAACAGCUCUCAGAUCUCAACUUGAAUCAGUUUCAUGGGCUGAAUCUAUUCCAAGUCCAAAGUUUUGGAGGAUAAGUCCAUUAAAAGCUUCUGGUUAUGAUUAUUAUUAUUUCUCCAAUAUGCCUCUGAAUACCAGGUGCUAAGGAUAAAAGUGGGUGCAUGCUGCUUGUGGGUGCAACUUGUAUCCUGGUUGUGGGCUUUCUGUAGGCCUCUGGUUGGCCACUGCGACAACAAGAUGCUGGACUGGAAGGGCUACUAACCUGAACCAGCAGGCUCUUUGAUGUUCUUAUUUAUGUCAGAAUCAGCAGGGGUGCUCUUUUGUUCAUAUGCUACAUUUGUUCUUGAGGUAGGACGCUAAAUUAAUAAUGAAUUUAAAUUAAUAAAUUUAAAAUAAGCAGUUGAUAUCAUGCAAAUUAAGAACAGAACACUACUUGGGUAUUAGGUACUUUAAGAAUCGAUUUUGUUCCUUUUCUUAAUGCAGGGUUUAUUUUAAAUUUCAGGUUGGCUCCUUUCAGCUAUUUGUGGAAGGCUACAAAGAAGCUGACUAUUGGCUCAGGAAAUUUGAAACAGACCCUUUGCCCGAGAAUACAAGGAAACAAUUUCAGUCUCAGUUUGAAAGAUUGGUAGUGCUUGAUUACGUAAUCAGAAACACUGGUAUUUAAUAGUUUGUUUGUUUUUUACUUCCAUAGCUCAUACUCAUUUUUCUGGCAUACCUGUUCAACAAAUAAUUAGGUGGGCUCCCAGUGGGAAAUUUCCUAGGACAGCUAGUGGGGGUCCAUGUUAGUGCUGAUCCUUAAAUUCUCAUUUGUUCCUUUGUAGCCCUAUCUGUACCUGCCCCACACAGGUGAAGUCAGGGCUGGGACAAGUGGUGGUGGUUUGUGGGGAACAGCCUCACAGAUAAAAUUGGGAGCCAUGCCAGUAUUCAUUAGGUCCUUGGCUGGAGGUUUUCAAACCCUAUUUGAGAGAUUUGACACUGUUUGAAUUAAUAUGCUUAUACUGUGCUAGAGCAGGGAUGGGGAAUCUGUUUCAGCUUAAGGAUCACAUUCCCAUCUGAGCAACCUUUUGGAGGCCGCAUGGCAGUGGUAGGCUUGAGCAGACAAUAGAUGUGAAUUUUAAUUUUGUAUAGUAGACUAUCCCCAGCUGGGAAAACAAGAAGCAUUAUCAGAAUCCAGGGUCAUAUUUCAGCUUUGCAAAACUACUGAAGGAGGGUGCAAAGCAGGGCUGGUGAGAAGAGUCUCAAGGGCCAGACAGAGGGCUGCAUUUGGCCCCAGGGUCCUAUCUCUGUGCCCCAAAAGGGCAAUUGCUAUGAAUGUCCAUUCUUUGAUGUGAUGUACUAAUGAUGUACUAUGAAUCAAGCAAGGCAUUCCUCUCCAUUUUAGAGGAAAGGCUUCUCAUAUUGUUACUUUGAGAAGGACUUCUGAGAGUUGUUGCCAGUCAAAUGUUUGGGUUGGACUGAUACUUGCAUCUCUCUGUUCCUGAGAUUAUAAAAGGUAGCUCAUGUAUAAAUAAACCCUUUCUAGAAGGGUAGCUGUGUUUGUCUCUUGCAGCAGCAGUAUUCUUUUGUUGCUCGUAGGGGAGUAGAAAUCUUUACCGUUUCAUCAUCAUCAGGUUUUCAAACAUCAUCAUCAGGUUUUCAUAUUUGUUCCUAGGAACAAAUGAGAAAGUGUGGGCUAAACCAAACAGAAACUGUCACAUCAUAGUCAAGAUGGUUGUGUUCAAGUGCUUCCUCAUCAGUGUUCUCUCAGUAGUUUAGCUGGUGAUCCUUUAAAGAUGUGGGCAGCAAAAUAUCAUAACUGGCCCAUGUAACAGAAUAGCUGUGGCUUUAUCUACCAUAGAACUUCCCAAACUGUGUGUCACAACACCGUUAGUGUAUCGGCUGCAGUGUGUCGCGCAAGCGCUCCCCACACUCCUCCUGGAGUUGGAAAGGGGUUAGUGUAACCUCCAGUUUGCUAGUACAGUGGUACCUCGGGUUACAUACGCUUCAGGUUACAGACUCCGCUAACCCAGAAAUGGUGCUUCAGGUUAAGAACUUUGCUUCAGGAUGAGAACAGAAAUUGUGCUCCGGCGGUGCAGCGGCAGCAGGAGGCCCCAUUAGCUAAAGUGGUGCUUCAGGUUAAGAACAGUUUAAGGUUACGUAUGGACCUCCGGAACGAAUUAAGUACUUAACCCGAGGUACCACUGUAAAACUGAAUUACUUUGUUGUGGAAUGAUGCAUGUCUGAAAAGCGUGCCACUGACAUGAAAAGUUUGGAAAGCUCUGAUCUACUGCCUCACUGUGAGAUUUAUCUAUGGGACCAUUAAAAUGAUAUACACUGUAGCAACAUAGUGUUAUUUGCAGCAGUGGUUCUUCAGAGAUGUUUGACCUUCACACUCAGCUGAAGAUAGCUCAGUUGGUAGAACAUGAGAUUCUUAUUAAUCUCAGGGUCGUGGAUUUGAGCUCCACGCUGGGCGAAAGGAUCCUGCAUUGCAGGGGGUUGGACUAGAUGACCCUCGUGGUCCCUUCCAACUCUACAAUCCUAUGAUUCUGUGACUCCCCAAUGCUUACACUUGUGGAUAGCUUUUUUAAGUUUCCCAUUUGAUCUCUCAGCAGCUACUUUGACAUAGUCAGCGGGAAAUGGCUCCUGUUAGAAAAUGUCACUUCUAAAAGGCAACUGCAGCUGCAGAGGAGAAUUAACUAGUGUUGGGUACCAGCUCCUGUUUCUUCUUUCUGAUAGUCCCAUAUAUUCUUAAGUCUCCAAAAACUGCCCCACCAGUUGUUCUGAUAGGUAGAAGGAAGCUCCUUCCUCAAAUGCCUAUUUAUUUUAUCAUUUAAAAAAACAACCCAGACAUGCACAUGAUGCAGUUCGUAAGACAGUGUUAUAAUAGGACUAGGUUAUAUUGAUAUUGUCCUGGAAUUUUUCAUUCCAAAAGAAAAUAAAUAAAGACCAUCGUUCUAAGAAACUUUGUUCAUUGCUUGCUUUUCUGUAGUACAUUAAUUUUGUCAUUAGUACAACAUCCCAGAUUCUCCACAGCCUUUCUGAAACUAAUGGUCCCAUCAUGUUUUUACAAGCUUUUGACAAUACAUAUUUUCAGAGCUGGGAGGUCAUGUAUUACUUCCAGAUCCCCCUCCAGUACAGUAUAUUUCAGAUAACAUAAUAGUAGUGUUUUAAGGUCAUAUGGUAUUGGAUCCACUAUUAUUUCUGUAAUGAAAUUACAAAUUGUCCUCCAAAUUUUUUGGAUUAUUGGACAGUGUCAAAAUAUGUGUACAGUAUAAAAUCUGAAAGAGAUCCGUUGACUUUGCAGAAACAGUUUUGCACAGUUGGAUAUAUGUGACUUGAUCAGCAUGGUGUUAGAUUGGUAUAGCUUUUAAUAAACAUUUUCCUUUAGCUUUAUCAAUAUUUAUCUUAGCUGAAUCUUGGCCCAUGUCCAACUUCAUUCUGCUGUAGCUUCCUCAAAUGUUUAGUGAGCAGAGGAGGAAUUUGUUCUGUUUUUUCCUUUAUAAGUAAAGGAGUAUAUAAGCAAAGGAUUCUUACUGUUCUGAAAAAGGGACCCAGAUAUUUUUGUGAACUUCUGCCUCAGCACAAAUAAAGUCCCCCUUGUAGUUAAACGGGCAGGGAGGACAAAAAAACCCCAUAUAAUGCAAUUCAGAAUAUGAAUUAUAUCAUGAGGAUUGCAUUUUCUGACUAUUGCUGCUUCAUGAAAAAACGUGGCAUUGUAAUUUAAAUGCAAUUUUUAUUUAUUUAACUAUCCCAGUUCUCUAAAAAUGAUACAUUUAUGAUAAUUAUAUUGGAAUUUUUCAUUUCAAAUAUAUGCUUUAUUCUAAUGCAUUUCACUGAUUCUGCCCCCCCUUAUUUUAUUUGAAGAUAGAGGCAAUGACAAUUGGCUAGUCAGAUAUGAAAAGCAGAGUGAUGAGAGUGAACUUUCUGAUAAGGUAAGAAGACAAAAGAUGCUUGUGCUAUCAUUAAAUAAUACAGAUAUCAGUAAUAAGACAGUGUCUGCGUUCAGGCUUACAAUCUAAAUGCCAUGAGACAAAAGGAAAAGGAAAUGGGAGGGAGGAGGAAAAUAGCAGGCGUAGGCAGUAGUUCUUAGUUCUUGUAACAACCAGAAUAAAUUGAAAGAGUUCCACAAGAGGAGGAGCCAAAGGUUGCUGAUCUCUCAGCUCAGCCCUGAAGCCCCAUAUGCAUGUGUGUGUCAGCUAUAGCCUCAUAUAAUGGCUGCUGAUAAAUGACAGUUGGAGAGAAAUGAAAUAACAGGCACACAGGUAUGUUGCAGUGAUGUUUCCUAAACCCUAAAUUCAAAUAUGAAAGCUUUGUUGUUAUGUAAGAUAUCAUAUUUGGAGUUUUUUUUAUCCCCCCCACAGAUUACACUUACUAUGCUAUACCACAUGUUACAUUCAAAAUUAUUAAUGUUAUGUGAAUUACUGCAGGUAGAACAAAUAGUUGAUAACAACUAUCAUCCCGUUACAUUAGGCCAAGAGCAACACAAGCGAGCACGCCCUCUCAGACUAAUAAAAACACUAAGCUAGUGUUGCAAUAAGGCAAGAGUUAAGCUCUAUCCAGUGGUGGAAUAUAUGUACAAUGUGGAAUUUUUGAUAUUGUUGGAUCGAGCUUGUGAUGUGAUAAUGAGCAUGUUAUAACCAGUAAUUAAUAUAUUUGAUAUUUUUUGAGUUGUUUUUCAUCUAUGUAGCAUUAUAAGUUUCUUUGUUUGUUGUAUAAUCCUGUUUCUGUGACUAUUCAGAAUAAAAAUAAUUUUAAAACUAAAAGUACUUUUCUUGCAGGAUAUUCAGUGGAUUGAUAAAAAAGAACCUAUUAUUAAAAUUGCAGCAAUUGAUAAUGGUUUAGCUUUUCCUUUCAAACAUCCUGAUGAAUGGAGAGCAUGUAAGUUAAAAAAAAACACAACAAGAAGACGUUGAAUAAAUGUAUCUACUUUUCAUAUGUGUGACUAUCUCUUUCUAAAUAACUUUUUUGUCUAGUGGUUCAUCAUAGUGAUUAUGUAUUUUGCUCAUAGAUGGUGUAAAAUCUGAGAGCUAUCACUGUCGCCUAUGUGAACCUCCCUAAGCACUAAGGUCUGCUGGGAAUGCAAGACUCUGCAUCCUGUCUCUUGUAGUGGCAAAGGUGCAUAGUGGGGCAUUUUAUAUGGACGCGGGUGGCGCUGUGGUCUAAACCACUGAGCCUAGGGCUUGCCGAUCGGAAGGUCGGCGGUUCGAAUCCCUGCGACGGGGUGAGCUCCCGUUUCUCAGUCCCAGCUCCUGCCAACCUAGCAGUUCGAAAGCACAUCAAAGUGCAAGUAGAUAAAUAGGUACCACUCCAGCAGGAAGGUAAAUGGCGUUUCCGUGCGCUGCUCUGGUUUUGCCAGAAGCGGCUUAGUCAUGCUGGCCACAUGACCCUGAAAAACUGCGGACAAACGUCAGCUCCCUCAGCCAGUAAAGUGAGAUGAGCACCGCAACUCCAUAGUCGUUCACAACUGGACUUGACUGUCGGGAGUCCUUUACCUUUUUACCCAUCCUUUUGAAAAACCCUUUCAAAGGAAGUUCACUAUUCCCCCACUUUUUUGAGCUUUCAUCAUCUUAGCAGAAUGUCAUUAUUUAUAACUGCUUUUGAAAAGAAAGAGAACGAUGUUAUCUAUUAUUAACUUGUAGCUGGUUGUUUUAUAUUUAUUAUAUUUUGUAUUUAUUGUGUUUUAAGCACUAAAUUGGCAUAAAUUGCUCUUCUCAGCUGCAUUUUUUUUUCAGUCUUUCAACUUGUCAGUUAACAGGUUAAUUUUAGUUAAUUUUUAGCACAAGGUUGUAAGCAGGAUUGUGUAUAUCAAGUUGCAUUUCCUGAAGUCAGCAAAUGCAUCUAAAAGCUUGACUAUGUAAACCACCUUUUUUUCUUCCUAUCUUCCGCUAGAUCCAUUUCAUUGGGCUUGGCUUCCACAAGCAAAGGUCCCCUUUUCUCAAGAAACAAUAGAUUUGAUUCUUCCUCGUAUUUCUGACAUGAACUUUGUACAGGAUCUUUGUGAAGAUCUUUAUGAAUUGUUUAAGGUAACUUCAAAAAUAUAUUUGGUAGAACUAGUUAAAGUAGUGUGCGAUACCUGGCAGGAAGUGUAAAUGUUUUGAACUAGCGAUAGCUGUGAAAGCAAAAUGCUUGCAAAAUAUUUAUGACAAAUUUGGACCCCUGGCAAAAUAUGAUUUAUUAUUUAAGGUAGCAUGCUGUGUACUGCUAUAAAUCUCUGGUUGCAUAGGGGAUAAGUUUGGAUUGAGUUAAGAAACUUUCUGAAACUUUACUUUUUCAUUUUUUUCAAUUAAGACUGACAAAGGUUUUGACAAGGCUACAUUUGAAAAGCAAAUGUCUGUGAUGAGAGGACAGGUAAGAAUGCUUUUCAUUGUAACUGUUCCUUUAAAAAUACACUUCUGCAAUACAUUUGUGCAGAAAACAAUUAUUCUUCAGUUGCUCCUUAUUAAAGUCAAAGUCAGUAAUCCUAUUCAGACUUAAUGGUACUUCUGAUUAGAGGUAUAUAGCAUUGUGCUAUAAACAACAUUGAAUCUGGUUACGACUUAACCGGUAAUAUAAACUGAUGGGCCACAUAACCAAUAACUUCUUAUUCUUAAACAGCCUGGAAACUACUGGGUCAGUCUGUACAACAACCCCCCCUGUUCCACCAAAUAGUUUCUUGACUUUUCUGAUCAUCUUGCAGUUGACCUAGUAAGGAUCACCACACACUCCGACAGAUAUGGAUAUUGCCGUAUUGCCCAUUCUAAUUUAUUUGUAUAUUGCAUUGUCUGCAAACACAUUUGUAUUCAGAGUGGUUAAUAGAAAAUGGAAGUCUAAAUACAGUAGUCAUACUGCAUCACUAUGAUAUAACAUUGAUCAUGAAACAAUUUUCAUUUCAAAUAUAUCAGAAAUAUAAGUUAGCCUAAAAUUUAGCAGUAGGUCAGUUAAAAAAGAUCCAAUACCUUUGCAUCCUAGGGUAGCCCCACAGCUGAGAACAUUAGUUCCUAGCAACUGUCCCUCCUUCAAAAGUUUCUAUACCUCUACUUGAAAGGUCAGAAAGUCAGCUCAUAGUACUUCUGAUACUUGGGGCCCCAGUACUGGAUAAGAUGGCAAGGAAACAGCCAUCCCCUAAUGCAAACCACCUGUCCCCUAAACUUCUUUUAGAAGUCCCCUCUAAACAUGUUAAAUUCUUAUUUAGACAGUUCGCAUCUUGCCCUUCAUCUGAAGAUCUCAGGGCAGGUAGUGGCAACAUUCAAUAAAAUGCCAUAUACCUAAGAUCAUAAAAUCACUGGAAUUGCAUAAAUCACAGCAAUUACCGUAUUUUUCGCUCUAUAGGACACACUUUCCCCCCUCCAAAAAUUAAGGGGGAAUGUGUGUGCGUCCUAUGGAGUGAAUGCAGAAGUACUAUGAGCUGACUUUCUGACCGAUAGCAACGCGAAGCCUCCAAAGCGCAGAGGGAGUGCUCCUUCCGUGCUCCGGAGGCUUCGCGUUGCUUUCGCUGAAGCCUGGAGAGCGAGAGGCGUUGGUGUGCACCGACCCCUCUCGCUCUCCAGGCUUCAGGGAUAGCCACCUGAAGCCUUUGGAGCGCAGCAGCGAGUUCCCGCUGCACUCUGGAGGCUUCAGGUUUCUUUCGCUGAAGCCAGGAGAAUCUUGCUCUCCCAGCUUCAGCAAAAGGAACCCAAAGCCUGUGGAGCGCAGCAGGAACUCGCACUGCGCUCUGAAGGCUUCAGGGAUAGCCGCCUGAAGCCGGGAGAGCAAGACUCUCCUGGCUUCAGCAGAGAGGGAGAGCUGCAGUGCCCCUUCAGCCAAGCGGGAGGAGAAAUGGAAGGGUUUCUGUUUCUCCUGCCGCUUCGCUGAAGGGGCACUGAGCAGAGAGGGGGGAGAAUUUUUUUUUCUUGUUCUCCCCCUCUAAAACAAGGUGCAUCCUAUGGUCAGGUGCGUCCUAUAGAGCGAAAAAUACGGUACUACACACCAGUGACCAUUCACAAAAGCCCAGGUUAAAAAGCCAUGUUUUGAGCUGGUGCCUGAAUGCUAUCAAAGUGGGUGCCACCCAAAUGUCAUAUUGCCAGGGUGCCACCACAAAGCAGUCCCAUUCAAACAUCAAAUUUUACUUCGGGAAAUGGAGCUUGUACUAUACUGCUAUCUUUAUAGGCAGUUUGAUGCCAUAUACUUUUGUGUCUACAGAUACUUAAUCUUAUUCAGGCAUUAAAGGAUGGAAGAAGUCCUCUUCAGCUUGUUCAGAUGCCUCGUGUGAUUGUGGAAAGAAGUCAUGGUGGAAGUCAAGGACGAAUUGUUCACCUGAGCAAUGCGUUUACACAGACUUUCCAUAGCCGGAAGCCAUUCUUUUCCUCUUGGUAGAGACACGUAAAUGUCUUCAAUUUAGCAAGACUUUCUGUUGUGUGAAAGUUUUAGAAUAAUGUAAUUCUGCUGUACACAAAGUGCUGGACUGCCAAAACCUCAGAACUUUUUAAAGUUUUGUGUUUUGAAUGUAAUACGUUUACAGUUUAAAAUUGUGAAAUUUUACUUCAGGGAAAUGCGCUUGUCCUAUACUGUAUUUUUAUAGACAGUUUAAUGUUUUCUGUAUCUAACAUUAAAAGGGAAAAGAAGUUUACAGAUGCCAAAGACUACUUUUGCAUAAAUUGUAGGAAAGAACUGCUCUGUUGGAUACAAAUGUCAGAAAUCAAAGUCUAAUUUUCCUUGUUGGAAAUGAAGCACAGCCUUCUCAUUCCUCUACUGAAAGAAAGCUGCUUGAACUUUUGCAACAAUUACCAAAUAUCUACAUGGGUUUCUUACAGGUUUAUAUUCUCAAAUAUUACAGAUUUAUAUUCUCAAAUAUUACAGAAUUAUAUCUUGAUCAGUUUACUGUGGAGAUCUGGGACCAAUACCAUUACAUCUUAAUUUGGAGAAUAUAUGACAUGAAAGACCAAAUUAAUCCUGCAAAUCCGAAGGAACCUUAAUUAUUUCAUAGUUUUUUAUGCUCUGGUGGUGUUUUUUUUUUAACAGAAUACACAAACCCCCUAAAUGGUGAGGCUUGUAUCCCUCUUUCCUUCUGCAUCAACACUUUGAGGGUGAAGAUGGGAAUGAGCCUCAAUUUAUGCCCCUCACAUACUUAAAUUAUAUUGUGCCAUGUACAUCCCACAUGCAAUGUGUGUGUAGAUUUCACCCUGUUUUAAAAAAAAAAGUGAAAUUGUUUAAAUGGGUCCAGUUAAUAUAUAUGAAGCUCUCAGGUUAUACGUUGGAAAUAGAUGAACAGGUGGAGGAGUGCUGAUGAACUCCCCCAUCUAUAAACGGUACAGGUGGGGCUGUGUGAGAAUAUUCUCUAAAUCACUCACAGGUAGUGUUCUCUCCCCUGCCCAGCAACAGUUGAACCAGCCGCAGACCACUUUCUUAAUGCUUAAACAAAUCCUUAUAGGGAAAAGAAGAUGAAGGCAUGUUCAAUGUCCUUUACUGAUACUUCAGGGUCUCCCAAGGUGUAUUUGUAGAUUGAGUUCUGGAUUUAGGGUGACACUACAUUUUUAGGGAUGCACAUACUGCUUGUCUCUUUGCAUAGCUAUUGCCUUGUCUCGAUUCUUUGUGGUUCACUUGUAUAGAUGGAGAAUGGAAAAGGUUAAUAUAUUGAUCAAUCACAAUAUUAUAUAGGGUUUCUUGAAACUGUUAUCAAUGCCCAUUAAAUCCAUCAGCUGACGCCAAAGUGGAAACCUCCUGUUACUAAUAUAUUAAGUGCCCGCUCCUUUGAAUUGUUGGAUAGCAGCUCAGUCCAAACCAGACUGUGAAUCAGAAGUUUAUUGUGGAUUCCUGGCCAUUUAUAGUCAUGAAAUUCCUCAGCAACCCAGAGCUAUUUUGUUGGAUUUAACUUGGCAUAAAACAUCAGUUGCAGAGGUAAUUUUACAGAAACUUGGAAUUUAGUAAUACCUGUUGUACAUCCAUUGUUCCGCUUGAAUGUGAGGACCUUGAGUACCAUCUGUAGGAAAGAUUGCUUCUAUGAAAAACGUUUUUUGAAUUUUUAGCCAUGCUGUUAUCUCAAGCUGCUAAGCAAUACUCCUGAACUCCCCAGAUUGGCCUUUUUAUUUUUUUAUGUUUUGAGGGGGUUGAUAAAAUGUAGCAUGUUAGAGCAAUGCACUUAAUAUACUAAAUAAAAUGUCUAAGCCUUAAAAUGUAAAGCAUACUGUGGAUUUAAAAAAAACAACAAACUGUCACAUUUCUAAGUUUAUUGUGGCUUCAGUUUUUAUCAACCCUUGUAAUUUUUUUAUGAAUGCGUAAGAUCACCAGACUUUCCUGUCUUAAAACAAUAAAAAUGAUGGUCUGAAAUGUA